UAGCUUUUGACAAAUAUAGACAACUCCAGUCUGUGAAAUUAUUGUCAGUGUUGCUGACUGUGUUUUGUUUGAAACUACUUUGAUCAUGAAAUGGAAUGACUGACAUCCGUGUUUGAUCCUGAACCCACUCUUCCUCAUCGGUGCUUCUCCUCUCGAUCGGAAUUCUCACAUUAUUGUGUAAUAAUUUKGAACAUAGGACCCUGCUGUGGGUUUCUGGAUUAUGACAAUUUACCUGUGUUUCAUAGGUGCGGGUAUAAGGAGCCGUUCUCCUCYAUGCCCAUACUUGGAGCGAGCGGAUGGGYGACGUCACCUGCCUGCACACGGCACUCUCCAGAAACUACCUGCUGAAACUCAUUUCUCCAAUUUAACCGACAAUCCAGAAAGCACACAUUUGAACAAGAGAGACUUUWCCCCCAUCUACGCGUAAACUGAUUACUUUUUACUGUUGGUGGAACGACUAUUCUGAAGUUAUUCAAAAGAAAUGGUGGCCUUUUGGUUCGUGGAGUUGGGGGUAUUAACAUUGUUUCUCCAGGCUUUCAAGCCAGGUUCGUCGGAGGAGUCAAAAUGUCUACCAGGUUUCAAUUCAGAAAUGUACAUUUUCAAAGUGGAAAGAAAUCACUUACAAAGUGGCCGGAGACUAGGAAAAGUGGUUUUUGAUGACUGCACCAGCCGCACCAGCUUUCUCUUUCACUCCGAGGAUUCACGCUUCAAAGUAGAUGGCGACGGGACGCUGAAACUGAAGAGGGGGCUGACUCUGCAUAAUGGACAUAAGGAGUUCUAUGUCUCUACCCAGUCCAUGGGCAAGAAGAUCACGGUUCCAGUCAGAGUGCUGCAUGAGGCCAGACACGGCCACCACCACCAUGAGAUGACCACCCAGCCCCAGCCUGGAUCAAGUCUGUCUCUACCUGUUCUGAACUUCCCCAAGUCUUCAGGAGGUCUGAAAAGAAGGAAGAGGGACUGGGUCAUUCCUCCCAUCAGCUUCCCAGAGAAUGACCGAGGCCCCUUCCCCAAAAAUAUGGUGCAGAUCAGGUCCAACAGUGAUAAAGAGGUGAAGAUCCUGUAYAGCAUCACUGGUYCUGGGGCAGACCWACCUCCUGUGGGACUCUUCACUGUGGACAAAAACUCUGGGUUUCUCUAUGUGACCCAGCCUUUGGACAGGGAGAAAAGAGACCAAUAUUUUCUCCUAGCCCAUGCUGUUGCAGUGGGUGAAGGUAAGGCUGAGGAACCCAUGGAGAUCAUUGUGAAGGUCAUUGACAUGAAUGACAACAAACCUGUAUUUACCCAAAAUCCAUUUACGGGAACAGUCCCUGAGGCAUCAAAACCAGGUGAUGAGGUAUUGGAGGUAACAGCCACUGAUGCUGAUGAGGGGGGUUCUGCCAAUUCUGAUGUCAGAUACACCAUUAUCAGUCAGGAGCCUCCACAACCAAGCCCCAACAUGUUUGUCAUCAACCCUGUGACUGGAGUGAUUCGGGUUAACGAACAUGGGUUGGACAGAGAGAAAAUUCUAAAAUAUACUUUGGAAAUCCAAGCUGCCGAUAUGGAGGGAAUUGGCCUUACCAGCGUUGGCAAAGCCAUCAUUACAGUAACUGACAGCAAUGACAACGCCCCACAGUUUGUGACGUCUUCGUACACUGUGUCAGUCCCAGAGAAUAAAGCGGAUGCCUUGGUGGUGAAAAUGCCAGUGACUGAUGGGGAUGAGCCUCACUCCUCUGCCUGGGCCACCACCUWCAAGAUAGUUGACGGGGACCCUCAAGGCCUUUUCAAUGUGAGCACAGGCCCUAGCAAGCUGGAGGGCAUCAUUACAACAGCUAAGCCYCUUGACUUUGAGAAGAACAACAAGUACACUCUGCUGGUCACUGUGSWGAAUGAAGUCCCAUUUGCMRUCMSCCUGCCCACYUCCACUGCUACUGUURUAGUSAAUGUGGAGGAUGUGAAUGAAGCUCCAGUCUUCASCCCAGURGAGAAGAUUAUCAGGAMAYCUGAGGACCUCMCURUKGRMAGUGACCUGKUUCUGUAYACAGCCACAGACCCAGACACUGCAAGGAAUCAGAAAGUCACAUACAAGAUACGCAAUGAUCCUGCUGGAUGGCUCAGUAUCAACAAAGACACUGGGCUGAUCAAAGUCAAGUCCCCCAUGGACAGAGAAUCCACUUUUGUCCAAGACAACAAAUACUCUGUUGUUGUUCUGGGCACUGACAACGAUGAAAUCCCAGCAACUGGCACUGGCACCCUUAUCAUAGAGCUGGAGGAUGUGAAUGACAACCCUCCAACCAUCGACGAGAGGAUGAUUAAGGUCUGCAACAAGGAGUCCUCCCCACAGCUGCUGUCAAUCACUGAUAAAGACGGAGCGGGCUUCGCUGCUCCAUACACUGUACAGCUUCAGGGGUCGUCCAAUUCUAACUGGACUGCCAGAAUGAAUGACACAAAAACUGGCAUUAUCCUGACACUGAAGACUAUGUUGGACAGUGGAGAUUACACGGUUGUCCUGAGAGUCUCAUGA